GCGGCUUCCGGCCGCGGCGGACACUUCCCUGGGAGGGACUGUCUCGUGGCACCCGGUGGAACAGAGGAGAACGUGGAGCGCCGGGAGCGGCGAAUAUGGACGACUACAGCCUGGAUGAGUUCCGUCGGCGCUGGCAGGAGGAGCUGGCGCAGGCCCAGGCGCCGAAGAAGCGGCGACGGCCCGAGGCUGCCGAGAGGCGGGCUCGGCGGCCGGAGGUGGGCUCCGGGCGCGGCGAACAGGCCUCGGGGGACCCGGCGCUGGCCCAGGGUCUCCUGGAGGGCGCGGGGAGGCCCCCGGCGGCGCGGGCGACUCGGGCCGAGGGGCAGGACGUAGCGAGCCGCUCACGUUCUCUGGCCCGCGAGGGCGCCGGGGGCGGGGAGCAGCUGGUGGACCAGCUCAUCCGCGACCUGAAUGAAAUGAAUGAUGUGCCUUUCUUUGAUAUCCAACUGCCUUACGAAUUGGCAAUCAAUAUAUUUCAGUAUCUGGACAGGAAAGAACUAGGAAGAUGUGCACAGGUGAGCAAGACGUGGAAGGUGAUUGCAGAGGAUGAGGUGCUGUGGUACAGGCUGUGCCAGCAGGAAGGGCACCUUCCGGAUAGCAGCAUCUCUGACUAUUCUUGCUGGAAGCUCAUCUUCCAAGAGUGCCGAGCCAAGGAACACAUGUUACGAACCAACUGGAAGAAUCGCAAAGGUGCCGUGAGCGAGCUGGAGCAUGUUCCUGACGCAGUUUUGUGUGAUGUGCAUUCUCACGAUGGUGUGGUCAUUGCGGGAUAUACAUCAGGGGAUGUGAGAGUGUGGGACACCCGCACCUGGGACUAUGUAGCCCCCUUCCUGGAAUCAGAGGACGAGGAGGACGAGCCUGGAAUGCAGCCAAAUGUCUCCUUUGUGAGGAUAAACAGCUCGUUGGCAGUAGCAGCUUAUGAGGAUGGGUUUCUUAAUAUUUGGGAUUUAAGGACCGGAAAGUACCCUGUUCAUCGUUUUGAGCACGAUGCAAGAAUACAGGCACUAGCCCUCAGCCAGGACGAUGCAACCGUGGCCACAGCUUCUGCUUUUGAUGUCGUGAUGUUAUCCCCCAAUGAGGAGGGGUACUGGCAGAUAGCUGCGGAAUUUGAAGUUCCGAAACUGGUUCAGUACCUUGAAAUAGUUCCAGAAACCAGAAGGUACCCUGUGGCAGUAGCCGCUGCUGGAGAUCUGAUGUACCUGCUCAAAGCCGAAGACUCCGCCAGAACCCUCCUUUACGCCCACGGCCCGCCUGUCACAUGUCUAGACGUCUCGGCCAACCAAGUUGCUUUUGGUGUACAGGGUCUGGGAUGGGUGUACGAAGGAAGCAAGAUCCUGGUGUAUAGCCUGGAAGCAGGACGCCGCCUCUUGAAGCUGGGUAACGUUCUCCGUGACUUCACGUGUGUCAACCUCAGCGACAGCCCUCCCAACCUCAUGGUCAGUGGCAACAUGGACGGGAGGGUGAGGAUCCAUGACCUCCGCAGUGGUAACAUCGCCCUGUCGCUCUCCGCCCAUCAGCUCAGGGUCUCUGCUGUGCAGAUGGAUGACUGGAAGAUCGUCAGUGGAGGCGAGGAAGGCCUGGUGUCCGUGUGGGAUUAUCGGAUGAACCAGAAGCUGUGGGAGGUGUAUUCCGGGCACCCGGUGCAGCACAUCUCAUUCAGCAGCCACAGCCUCAUCACGGCCAACGUGCCUUACCAGACGGUGAUGCGAAACGCCGACCUGGACAGCUUCACCACUCACAGGAGACACCGGGGGCUGAUCCGCGCCUACGAGUUUGCGGUGGACCAGCUGGCCUUCCAGAGCCCUCUCCCUGUCUGCCGUUCAUCCUGUGACGCCAUGGCCACUCACUACUACGACCUCGCACUGGCCUUUCCCUAUAACCAUGUUUAGGGACGUGCCUCAGUUGGGAGCAAGGAGAAAAAUGGGAAGAACUAGUUUUAUCCAUCUUAAAACGCCAGGCACCUCUUCACAGGUGGUAAACAUUUAGGGGAAGAAAGCAGCCCAGGGUGCCAUGCCUGACGGCACGCGUCUCCCUGACCCCUGCACUUCCCCCAGCGCCUGGGGCAAGCUGGCGUGUGCCGGGGCUCGAGUCCCACGUGCUGCCAACUCAAACAUAGCCUCCUUCCCCACCCAGCCGGCCACCCUGGCCUCAGCUCCCUCAGGACGCCUCAGGGAUCUCGCUGCGCAGUCCUAUACGGUCCCUGCUUAGCCAGCUUCUCUGUGUCCGCCCUCCCAGCUCCAGCCCUGCAGGCCGUCUUUUCCGUCUCCAGCCCCUUACCUCUUUUCCUCCGAGGGCCUUUGGAUGUGCUUGUUCCUGGCCUCCAAGGCAAUAACCUCCAUGUCCUUUUCCCUGUAUUUACUUAGGGUGCUCUUCUGUGACACUUGCCACCACCACCUUCCAGUAGCAAGCUGGUAGAGCUGUACUUUUUCUUCACAGCGUUUACCAUGGUUUAUAAUUAUAUACUUAUACAGUUUAGUCAUUAAUGACUAUUUUGCUUACUAUUGUGUCUAUGAUAUGUGAUACAAAGCAAAUAUUUUCUAAAUAUUCAUUGACUAAACAGCCAUCAAGAUGAAACAGGACAGGAGAGAACUGUUCAGUGUGAUACAGAGCUGCCAUUUCCAAAGUAUUCUGGAAGCAAGCCAUUGCCUUACUCUUGAUUUUCAACAGUUCUAAACAGCAACAGCAUCCACCUAAUAUACCUUCAGAAUAUCAAAGCGAAAGCUGAUAGAACUACAAAGAGAAAUAAAAUCCAUUCUCACGGCAGGCAAAUCAGUGAGAAAAAUGUAAAGAUCUGGAGGAUUACUUAAUAUCGCUAACAAGCUGGAUCCAGUAGAUGCGUAUGGAAUUUCAAAUACACAUAGACGAUGCACAAAAAACCACCCUGUACGAAGGCCACAAAGAACAGCUCAGAUGCACAAAGAUUCACACCAUACAGGCCAAAUUAUAGAAUCCCCCAACCCCAAGACACUGCACCCUAUGGGCUAUACCCUCAGGCAGGGCCCUGCUUUUCUAGGAAUUGACUCCAAUGCAGAAUAGUGAGAAAUCAACAAAAAGCAAAAUAAGACAAUUCCAGACACUCCUGAAUUUACUUGGAUUUAAAGAGGUUAAUAAAAACAAACGAUAAACUCUCUA